CUCAAUCUCAUCUCACUUUCUUCCCUCUCUUCUCCAAAUAGCCACUGCCGCCACCACCACCACUAGAAGAAACCUCUUGUAUCCAACCCAUGCCCAAUCGUCGUAUAACCCACCACCGUCGUCCCUCGUGCCCAGUCGGUACCUUGUCGUCGUCGAACAAUCCGUCGACCUUCGUUGUGCUCACCACCACCGUUGAACAUAAAUGGCGAGUCAAGGUUUUUUGAGUGUUGGUAAAUAUAAUGUACUUACAAGGCACUCAACUUUCUUUUUUAUCUUUUCUUUUUUUUUUUUUUAGUCAGAAGUUUCCUUAACUUUGUUUCUUGUUGCUUGUAAUGGAAGGAUUGUUGUUUUUUUUUUGUAUAUUCUCUUGGAUUCUAUAUCUAUUCAUUUUUGGCCUUAUUCUUGAUGGUUGUUUGAAAUGAAAAACUGAAGAUAUCAUUUCUCAUAUCAUUUAGUUUUUUGUUGCAAGGAAUGAUGAAAGGAGAAAUUUGUUUAACCAAGUCAAAUUCCCUAAAAUGUUUACUCUUGUUUUAUCCCUGUGCUUUUUUAGUCUUGUGAACUAAAGAAGCAAUGAAUUUAUGUUGUUUUGCAUUAUGUUUAUCGGUAAAUUUGCAGCCCAAAAAAUCCAACACUUUUAGGGUUAAAUGUGGGACGUGGAAUUCGUGUGAAGUUAAAGGCUUCAAAUGCCAAAUAGGGAUGGAGAUUCCUUCCAUUCAAUCAAGUUUUUGAUACAAUGUCACACGAGUUUUGCCAUAAUCUUCAUGGUCCUCACAAUGCCAAUCUCUACAAGCUUUGGGACGAGCUUUGAAAGAGCUUUCCAACAAAUUCUUCCUUCAGGCCUUACUUCAGUUUCAAAACCUCGAUGGAACAACAAGAUUCAAGUGCUGGCUAAUUUUAAUCUGAAAGAAACUCCUCAACUUGUGGAACUGGUGGAUGAUAGCAAGGAAGUGAAAGAACUCAUAGGGCUAGCACUAGAGAAAGUCUUACUCAAAUGGAUGAAUUUUCAUUUGGAAAAAGCUGGCUAUUAGAAACAAGUUACAAGCUUUUCAUCAUAUGUGAAGGUUAGCCCACUAAUUGUAUAUAUUGCACAUAAUACUUUAUAACUCAUUCAUGCACAUAAUACUUUCCAAGCAUCAGAUGUGUAAGAUUUAUUAUCGUGAACAUAGGGAAGGUUAGCUCUAACCAUUGAAAUAUUUAGUGCAUUGAAGUUGCUAAGAUUUCACGUUUUUUUCAGAAGUUGCCUUAGAGUUCUAAAGAUUAA